CCGGCUUCAAGCACUCAAACAGCGCUUUACUACGAGCGCAGAGGUAUCGAGCAACACAUGACAACAGGAUCCUCCUCAGAAACUGCUUAUCCUGACAGCAAACUGCUGCACCGGCUCUGAAACGCUGUAAAGUUUUCUUCAGCAACAACCAGGUGGUCAGUGAAGAAAAGGGCAUUUGGAAAUCUUUUUUUUUUUUUUCUGUGGAAGGGGCUUUUUCUUUUUUCUUUUUGGUGAAAGGUGAAAAAAAGCUGCGUCGAAAUUCGUUCAUGGAAGAAAAGCCAAACCGCACGAGAGAGGAGUAGAGACUAAGUUGCCUUUGUGCGUUUGAUGUUCCGACUGUCACGCUCAGAGACGGCGAAGACUCGUCCUCGAGAUAUUGCUGUUAGUAUCUGACGAUAAUAUUGCAGACUGAUAAAAGUGUCCCGGAGCAGCUCUGGAGAGGACAGGGCUGAGUGGUGAAUGCAGAUUUUCUUGCAGCGUGAAGCUGCUGCUGCUGACUGUAUGCAGAGGAACGACUGAAAGCUGAUCUCCAGACCUCCCUGCAGCUUCAGGGGAGAUUGUCAGAUGUGUACCCAGCACUCAAAGCCCCUGGCUUGGCCGCGGGGAUGGCAGCCUCUGCCCUGAACCUGAACGGAGUCAUGAAUAGUGGUAAUCAGUUUCACACCCAGCCAGGCUCCUCUAGUACCAGCUCUCGAGGCCGAAUCACACCAGUUGCCCGACCUGUGCUGCCAGUUCCAGAUCGGAGCACCUACUGCCAGCUACUGGGAGGAGGUCUCUGUAGCCCAACAAGUCCCAAGACGAGCCCCCGUGGCUUGGGUCAAGCCUUCAUCUUUCCUUCUCCACCCUUGCGUUCGCCUAGCCCCACACCUCGCGCUCGCUCCCCAUCACCACGAAGCCCGGAGCUACUAGGAGUCAAUGUGGGCCAGCGAGUCCGACGCCUGAGUUCAUCUGCUGGUGAAGAGAGAGGGGAAGGAGACGGCCAGGAGGAGAGGGGAGGGGAGACAGGAGGAGGAGAGAGGCGAGAGGAGAGGAGACGCCAAGCACAGCUGCUGCAGAUCCACAGAGAGCUGCAGAACGUUGAGGUAAGGGGAAAAGUUGGCAUUUUCGAGGCCCACAUUUCCGGGAUCCGUGCCCAGGUACUUAAUAGUGAGCUCCAGCGCAGCCCUCGGUCUCCCAGACGAGUGACUCACCAAACCCCCUCUCAUCCCAGCAAAGGAAACACAGCUCAGGAACAUCCAAUGACCCACCCACAAGAAAUUAAAGUCCCCUCUGUUGUCCAAAAUGGGAGAGAAAGGGAUGAAGAAACAAAGGAAGGAGAAAGAAGAGAAGGAGGAAAGAGCGACAGCGAGAGGGACGGCAGCACCACUAAAACAAAUACAGAGAACAAGACACUGAUUGAACAAAAUGACUGCCAUUCAGAAGCAACGAAGCGAACACCCUGUUUAGACGAACCGCUCAGUCAAGGUUUCCUUAAGACGUCUGACAAAGAGAGAACGACAGACACUGAGAAAAAAGACGGAGAAGUAUUGAGAGACAUGGAGGUAGAAGGCAAGCAAAUGCUGAGAGAUGAAAGAGAACGGAUGGAUGAGAAAGAGGACUCGUUGUGUGCUAAAAUGCUGCUCGAGUCAGAAAGACACAUGUUGGAGGUUAACCCGGAAAUGUCUUGGGCACAAAGCAGUGAGAGCACCCCUUGUUUGCUUGACAUGCCUGAGUUCUCCUCCAAUAACUCUUCCAUCCCUGCUGUCAUAGUAACUGAACACGGUUUGGAAAGCCAGACUCAAACUUCUGAAGGCUCAGACCAGGGACGAAGCUGCUCCCCAAGUCCCAGUUCCAGCCCUGUUCCAAACUCCUCCACUCGCUCUCUCAGGAAGCUGUCAUCCUCCUCUGCCUCCUCAGCUGGUUUCUCCUCUUCAUGGGAGGAGUCGGAGGAGGAUAUUUCCAGUGAUACGGAGAAAGGAGAGCAGCUUCUCAACCCUGCAUUCCUCAGUUCUCAGCAGAAAGCACACAAGUCUUGGAAAAAGAUUAAAAACAUGGUCCACUGGUCGCCGAUUGUCAUGUCCUUCAAGAAGAAAUAUCCGUGGAUUCAACUGGCAGGGCACGCAGGGAGUUUCAAGGCGGGAGCAAACGGUCGCAUAUUAAAAAAACACUGUGAAUGUGAGCAGCGCUGUUUGUCCCUCCUGAUGAAGGACGUGCUUCGCCCCUACGUCCCUGGUUACCAUGGAGAUGUAGAAAAAGACGGCCAGAAAUACAACCAGAUGGAGGAUCUGCUGGCUGAGUUUGACUACCCAUGUGUGAUGGACUGUAAGAUGGGAGUAAGGACCUACCUUGAGGAAGAGCUGACCAAGGCUCGUAAGAAGCCAUCUCCAAGACCUGACAUGUAUCAGAAAAUGAUUGAGGUUGAUCCUGAUGCACCUACAACUGAGGAAAAUGACCAGAAGGCAGUGACCAAACCCAGAUACAUGCAGUGGAGAGAGACCAUUAGCUCAACAGCUACCCUGGGAUUUAGGAUAGAGGGAGUCAAGAAGGAGGACGGGACCGUGAACAGAGAUUUUAAGAAGACAAAGACGAGAGAACAAGUUACUGCAGCCUUCCAUGAGUUUGUAAAAGGAAAUAAGGAUAUACUGAAUAGUUAUCUGUCCCGGCUGAAGGAAAUAAGAGCCACGCUGGAGCUCUCGCCAUUCUUCAAAACUCAUGAGGUGAUCGGCAGCUCCUUGUUAUUCGUUCAUGACCGUACCGGACAGGCCAAAGUCUGGAUGAUCGACUUCGGGAAAACCACACCUCUCUCUGAGGGGAAGGAACUGACCCACCGAGCUUCCUGGGUGGAGGGGAACAGAGAAGACGGCUACCUUUUUGGACUUGAUAGUUUGGUGGAUAUUAUUUCAACCAUGGUGGACUCAUAAAGUUUGGCAGUUUUCUUUUAGUCAAGUUCAGACACACAACCUCUUCCACUCAUUCGUCAGUCCUCUGGGGAACACUUAGGACCUCCUCAAGAACUCUUUCACAGACGCUUGUCCUCACGUUGGAAACACAUUAUCCAAAACCAAAACAUGGCCGGAUCUAUUCACAUCCUGUGGAAAGUCUAAAGCUAGUCACAACCCAGUAACAGUCUUCUAUUUUGUUGCCCAUAACUUCUUGAGAGGUUUCAGUAGUCCAUUUGACAAGAAAAGCACAACUGGAACUCAUGACAUCAACGACGACUCAGUUCCUCAUAAACCAGAAAGCACAGUAUCAUUAAUGUUCUUUGUUACACUUGAGGUUUUCACCGCUGUGUAAAAGGUUGAAUUUUACAUCCAUAAUGGCCCUAAUGCAAUUUUUUGCUGAAGGAAUUCUCAAUUUAAAAAAAUAAGCCUGGAUUGUGUAAUCCAGGUGUUUUUUUAUUUUUUUUUUAAACAGGUGAUUUUCCAUAUCUUCGUGCUCUGAACAAAUCCCCCUCAAAGACCAACACCAGUAACGUGCUACUUUCUCUUUCAGUACUUCCAAUCUUCUCAGAGCGCAGAGAAAAUUCUUACAGCCAAAUGCUGUACUGGCUUUGGUCCUUUAAUUGUGAUUAUUACUACUACAAUUUAUAUAAAAAUAUUUUAAAGAGGGUUAUGUAUUUAGGCAGGUGUAAGAGGAAUUUGAAAAUGUCUGACAUUGGCGCCCCCUGGUGAAGGUUUCCAUUCCUUGUUUUUUAACUGUAGUGGCUUUAAAAACGCCCGUAUUUCACCUUAAAUGCCUUGAUUUGGCUGUAGUCAGAGUUAAAUUGCUUUUCUUCUUAAUACAAUUUAGGUGAGUUUCAAAGGAUUUAUUUUUUUGCCUGUUUGACCACAACUUCAUCACAUUGGCAUUCCUUUUCCAAAUGUGCACUUGAUGUCACUUUCAGUGGUAGAAAUUGCACUGUUAAGAGUGUUUUUACUCAAAGAAUAAAAGUAGUACCUUUAGCUCUUCAGAUUAACCCAGCACACACACAAAGCCUUAGACAGGAUUUGGAUCAUGUAGGCUGGCUGUGGAGGUUCUCAGCGUCAGCCUUGCCAGUUAUUGCCGGAUUAUCACGGAUAAUCCGGCAAUAACUGGCAAUCAGGCGGCGCUAAACAAUACAUCUCACAGUAGAGACAGUAAUGUUAUGGAGGACAUUGUUUCAUAUGUAACAUAACUGUAGCCAAAAUGGCGUUCAUUUUACUUAAGUGGCCAAACACUUUAGCACCCUUUUCACUCUGUACAGUAAGAUUUAUUUUGUUUGUAGUUUUUUUUUUUAACUGUAACAUUAUUUUAGUUGAAUCCUGUUGAACACUUACAGCCAUGAACAAUCUUAUUUAAGCUAUACAGUGCCUUAACAUUACAAAUCCAAGUCAGACAAGUGAAACUCUGUUCUUUCUUUUAAAGCGUCUUUUUAAGCUCUUAGUCUGAAGUGUGGGCUUCUGUGCUUAGUCUUACACGGGCGCAUGUUUAUUACCCCUUUGAAUGGUUUGUUCUUAAGUUGUAGCUUGUUCUGUUACUAUUUAAACCUGACUAAGUUUUGUUUUAAAUCACUGAAUACUGUGACAUUUUGAUUUUUCUUUUUCCUGGUUUUGGGUUUUCGUCCUCAAGUGUGUGUUACAUUAUGAGUGAAAGUCAAACUGCAGGGCAGAUUGCUGGCAUUGCAGACAUCCCAUAUUUGAACCUCAGGAUGUUUUAGAGAAAAGGCCAAUAACGGAUGAGGAAGCAAGAGAAAAUAAAGUUUCAUAAUGUAACACAUUCAUGAUGGAAAAAUAAAACUUUAGCAGCCUUUAGGUUUUUGCAGUACCAUGAAUUUAAAAUGCCAUGGUUUUCAGUUAAAGUUUGCAGUGAAAGUAGAUGGGGAAAGAGACUACAAUCCUAAUGCAGUGCCUUCUUAAAGAAAUAGUUGGGCAUUUUGGGAAAUGCCGGUAUGUCGUUCAGGUAGAGGUGGACACAACUCUUGUGUCUGUGUGCUAAAUGUGAAAAUAUCUACCAGCAGUUGGCUAGUGUAGCUUAGCAUAACGACUGGAAAUAGGGGAAAAUGUUUCCUGGUUAAACAAACAAGAUCAAGAUCUAAUUUGUGUGUUUGUGACCUUUAGAUGUUGUUAUUUUUGCACAGGGACGAGACUAGCUGUUCUUUUUCCUUUUGCUAAGCUAAGCUGACUAACUAGCUGUCAAAAAGGGCCAGCAACUAUUUCUUUAAGACUGUCCGACCUAUUUCUUAUGCUCCUGUAUGUGCACCUACAGUCAUUGUAAGUAGGCAUCCUGUUGUUCUGGCUUUUCUGGCUUCUGUAUUUAUUUGGAUUGUUUCUUUAAAAA